AAUGAGUGGGUCGGUGAUGGAAGGUGCAGCAAUGCCCGCUCACUUAACAAGGAUCUCUCUAAUCUUGUGACCUGGGCGCACACUCAUGGGACCAUAUGCAAUCAAAUCCCAACCUUGAAAACUGUGCAGAACGUGGGUCAUCCUGGCAAGGACAACGCUGUUCUGUGGAUGUGUGAAGUUGGACAUGCCUAUCGCUGGCAGUGUGGAAAGUUAUACAUGAGAAGCAGAGAAGAGAAUGAAGCUUUAGAAAAGCGGAAGAGGUUAGUACCUACUGAGGCUUCAUCAAAGGAAGCUAAUUUAUAUGAAAAGAGGUUCCGGAAGACCCCAUCUUUUGAGAGGGCUAAAGCAGACGCUGUUAGCACAGGGUCGUGUAGCAGGUCUCCAGGGGUCACUCAGCAGAAAGAUAACACAGUCCACGUAAUAGAUAAUGAACCAUCACCCAGAGAAAGCAGAAAAAGUAGCAAACCCGUGAAAUCAGGCUUUGCAGCAGAGCAGCGUUUGUCAGUAUUUGGUGGUGAAGGCAGAGCUGACAGACAUCAGGUGAAGCUAGAAAGCAACAAAGAUGUACAGAUCGUCUCUGUUGAAGAACAGUGUGCAGCAGAUGAAGAUAACCAAGAAGACAGAAUCAGCCAGAAUAUUCUGUUGGAAUCACCAAGUAAAGGUGUAGCUGCUCAGGCAGAUGUGCAAAUGCGUCGCAGUCCAAUGACAGCGUUGAACAAGCUGACGGCCACCCUAGCGUCUGGCUUUGCCCCCCCAGGAAAUCCACCCCUAACUCUCACCUACGUUCUGAAACCCCCUGUCAGUCAGGAGAGCCUGGACAGCAGCUUCUUGAGGAUAGUCCCUCUUGAUCCUGCAGGGUUUGCAACUGAAAAUUCUAGAGCAAGAAGUUCCUCUGGGUCAGCAAUAUCAGAAGAACAUUUAAACUCUGUUCCCAUCUCCAACACUGAAGCACAGGCCCAGCUUGAGUCACCCGCCUCUGUGACGUUCUUUGAGUUUGAAGCCAGUGUAGAUGUCCAGCAGCAAAUCCAGCUGAGCCCUCCGGAGCGCGGCACAGCAGGAACAGGCUUAGGAGGGAACGCUACGGGAAGCCCUGCUGAGAAGAGCAGGCCGUCAGGAUCCAGGCACGCACCUCGUCGUUCAGCCUCACUGAGUCGAGAGGGCGGGAGUGCAGACCAUCCACCCGCGUCUUCAGACAGAAGUAAGAGAAAAAAGAAGAAAGGUUUGAAUACUGAAAUAAGUGCUUUCAAACACUGGCUGGUUUCACAUUGCCCGUCUGAAACGCGCGAGGUCUAUGCGCUGCCACCUGAAGACCUUGAUAACUACCUAGGCUCCUUCUACAUUUCUGCAAAGAGACAGGACGGCACAGAUUUUUCCUCCCAUUCUUUGCACUUCUUUCAGAGAAACAUGGAGAAAUACCUCAAGGAUCACGACUACAAGUACAGCGUGGUUAAAGGGGUGGAAUUCAGAUCGUCUCAGGAAGCCUGGAAACUGAGGCAUCAGCACCUGUCUCAGAAAGAGAGAGAGACGGAGUGGAGUAUUGUGGAGAAGCUGACAGAUGAAGAUGUGGAAAGACUUCAUAAGAAGGGACUUCUAAGUAGGACGCAGCCUCAGGGCUUUUCGCACCUCAUGUUCACCAAUCUCAUCAGGGGGUUUGGGGCCAGCACCCACAGCCAGGGCCAGGAUCUGUACUGGGGACAUCUCGUGCUGAAGAAGAACGAGGAGGAGCUGGAGUACUUGGAGUGGAGGGGUGAGCUGGGCGUAGAGGCAGCCGCAGGGGAAUCGCGUCCACGUCUCUUUGCCAAGCCCGACAAUCCAGAUCAAUGUCCAGUGGCAGACUACAAGGAGUACGCCAAGAAGAGGCCGCUGGACAUGCUCCACGACCACGACCCACUUUAUCUGGCUCCCAAGCCGCUGUGCUCCACCUGGGACCAAGUGUGGUACUGCAGAAAGGCGCUGACAAAGGCCAAAAUAGAAAAGAUCUUGAAAGUUAUCGUGCAUGAAGUCAAAGCAGCUGUAAACAAGCGCAAGAAAUAA